AUGAAUGAGGUCGAGGGCAUGGACUUAUCAGAGCGCUCCCGCCUACAUUCGCCUCCGUCCGCUUGUUUAGUGUCAGAUGAAUUGAAUUCGAACGUUUCCGAAAACGGUUCUACUACCACUUCCGAAAGAAGCUCCUGUGCCAUACCAAAGACCAAUUGUAACCAAGGUGCUUUAAUACUAUUAGAAACAAGCGAUAUCGAUAAUUGUGUCGUAAAUGAUUCUAACAAAUCUGAUGCUAAAAAGGAUGAUGAUGAUGUAAAUAAAGGUGAACUUUCCCGCGAAUUACUUUCAAAAGAUACAAAGAGUGAGGUAUCGGGUUGCGAGACCAAAGACGUUUCGAAUUUUGAUAGUUCCGAAGACUGGAGGAUAGAUAUUCAACCUGCUCAAAUAAUAAAAGAACUCGAUGAAAAUUAUUCGAAAUAUAAUAAUAGUAAUAAUCCAUUGUCUUCUACCGAAUGUUGUAAUGAUUUACCAGAAAGCCAAGUGUUGAACGAAAAUGGCGGUGGCGACGACGCCCAAUCUAGUUAUUUCAAAUACAAGGAGAAUGACGAGUCUGAAUGUAAAAAAUGCUCGGCCAAGUCGGUGGAAAUCUCGGAAAAUUCUAACAAUUCAAACAAUUCAAAAUUGUGUACUUUUACGGAAAAAGAAACCGAAGGGGCGAAAGAUAAUUCCUUGGAUUUGCCAAAUGACGGCCAAUCAGAAAACUAUAAACUGGGCCCGACGUUUACGGAAAACUCUGAAAACGAAGUAGAAAAAAGCGACGGAAGUGAUUCAGGAUUGGGGUCGGAGUUGGCUGAUGAAAAAUUAGAAUCGUCCGUUAUUCAAGAGGGAGGAGAUUCGGAUUCGAAAACAUCGGAAAUUGAUUCGGUUAUAGGAUGCGAUACGGAAAUAUCGCAUGAAGAACAAGUUUCUACCGAAAUGGAUCCGUCGGAGCGAUGUGACGGAAGCGAUUCUGGAUUGGGUUUGGAAUUGAGUGACGAAAGAGUAGAACCUUUUCAAUUGGAAACCGAAAACGAUUCUAAAAUAACGGUGUCGUUAUUACCGGACCCCGGUUCUUGCUUGGAAGUCGACGAAGACAAAUCAGACUUUCACAUAGAAGCUCCCGCGUUAGAUGAUUUGAAAUCAUCGACUUUCGAAGAAAUAAGAUCUCAUUGUUUGUCGUUUGAAGAAAUUAAAGAUAAUUCUGAACCUUUGGAAACGCCGCAGCCCAAUUUAGAUUUUCCCGUUUAUUCAUUAUGUGAAAAACCUGAAGAAUCUAAAACGAUAGAGCAAGAAUUACUCAAACCCCUUCCGGAGAAUCAAAUACCGCUGAGAAGUAGUUUGAAAAGAAAAAGUGACACGGAUUUGGAUAUAAUACCGAAGAAAAAGCGUUCCAUUUCCUUUGACACCGUUUCCGUAUAUUAUUUUCCGCGGGCACAAGGUUUUACUUGCGUGCCAUCUCAAGGAGGUUCCACCCUCGGAAUGUCUCCGAUUCAUUCUCACGUUCAGCAAUUCACAUUAUCAGAGCAUGCAACCGAACAAAGGCGAUUACAUCGAUUAAUGCUUCAACGAUUGAGAAACGAAAGGUUGCAACCACCUUCCGACACGGAUGAUACAGAAAGCGAUGAAGAACCCACAGAUGAAGACGAAGGUGAAAUGGAUCUCGAUAGUUAUUAUUUUUUACAGCCAGUAUCUGCGAGGCAAAGGAGAGCUCUACUGAGAGCGGCAGGAGUUCGGAAAAUAGAUUCCGUGGAAAAAGACGAAUGUCGAGAUAUCAGAACGUCGAGAGAAUACUGCGGUUGUUGUUGUAAAGGCUAUUGCGAUCCGGACACUUGUUCAUGUUCUCAAGGAGGAAUUAAAUGUCAGGUUGAUCGACUUCAUUUUCCUUGCGGAUGCACGCGAGACGGUUGCGGAAAUCCAAGUGGGAGAAUUGAAUUCAAUCCGGUUCGCGUUCGAACUCAUUUUAUUCACACCUUAAUGAGGUUAGAAUUAGAAAAAAAACACCGUUUGGAGGAAGAGGAAAUUAAAUCCGAACCCUUCAGUAAAAUAGAUCAAUGGCCCGUUGAAACAUCCACAUCGGAGGGAACGGGAUUCACUGACGCACAAUCAAUUGAUUUAUAUGCUUGCCGUGACGAUCAGUACGGUGUGAAAUCUUGCGGGAGCAUAGAUUUGGAUACUCCCUCAACAUCGAGUUUGGUUUGCGCUCAAACAAGUAAAACAAAUCACGAUAUAAAUUCACUUCAGUUUCAUUCUUUGACUCCGAAUUUUCACAACGCCAUAGACACUUUUCACGAAUCCGCGUCGAAAUAUCAAUCCCAUUUUUCAACCUUUUCAUUUACUCCUCAUCAACCCAUCGGUGGUUUUUCACACUACGGUACCAUGUAUUCCCAAGAAAUGCUAUCGAAAGAUUUCGGUACGAGCUCUUACAAAGGUUUACUCUGCGAAAAUUUCAAAACAACCACUACUUCCGAUACAUUUUCCAUGUAUCCCUCUUUAAGAGAUGGUUACGUACCGGUUAAAGACGGUGAAAACAAAUCCAACGACCCCAAUGUACCUCCCAACACGAGUACUUAUGCAAGUCUUCACACCGUAUUUUCAAACAGUAGCCGUUUGGAACCCUUUUCGGAAUUGUUACAAGGCCGUUAUCCGGUUCUACCCUUGUCCGUGAAUUCAGAUCCAGUUUUCGAUGAUCAUUCUUCUCAAAUGUGUUCUUCGACAAUACUGUCUCAGACUCCUCACGAGCCAUUGUUUACAAACAAUGAUAUUAAUCACGAAUCGUCGGUGGAAGAAAAAAUUGUCGAUUUGCCGAUACCAAACGUUGAAAAAACCGAACAACACGAAGAAGCAGAAGAAAAAGAUGAAGAGUUAAAGGUCGAGUCGAUUCUUACGAAAGAAACAGUUUUGGAGGACGUUGGAGAAAACAAAAUUGAAAACGAAGACAACAAAACUAAAAUCGUAACAGAAGACAAACCUUUAAAAACGCCAUUGAAAGAAACAACAACAACAACAAACAAUGGAGAAUUCGAUGAAAAUUUAGGUGAAAUAAUAAAAAAAUCAAUGGUUGAAACUGUUUCUUCUUGA